AUGGUCCAAACUCGGUCUGCCAGCGCCCGAGCAGCGAUUCUUGGUUCUCCCCCAAGAUGUGUGCCGCCGAAAAUGAGAAAGCCACCCAAGAGUAAGAACAAGAAAGUUGCUACAAAGCAAAAAGACCCAUCCAGUCCACUCACAUCCUUUCAUUUGUUCGAGAAACUCCCUCUUGAGUUGAGAGCCAUGGUCUGGCAGAUGACCCUGGUACCGCGAACGGUCGAAGUGAAUUACGUACCAGUACGUGGGUUUUACAGUCGAACGAUUACGCCGAUUGCUCUUAGAGCAUGUCCCGAUUCUCGUUCGGCUGUCAUCUAUGCCUACCAGAUGUGUUUCGGAAAUUUCAUCCAUUCUCCUAGAACUCCUUUCAACUUCUCGAUCGAUACGAUAUACCUCGAUAACAAUGUCGAAAACGAUGUCACCCUUAUCCUCACUUGCCUUAAGCCGCAGGAGGCAGCGCGUAUUCAGCGUAUUGCUAUUAGCGAAUACGUGGACAUGAAUUGGGCUACUUGCAUCAGAUCUGAAGACAAUACCUUUGAUCUAAUCAGACAAGUGGUGCCUUUGUUACCAGCGCUGCGAAGCAUACAACUCGUGAACGAUUUGAGCCUUCGUGUUGAGGAGAUGAAUUAUCACGAGGGCGCUGGUGCUGUUAAACUCUACGAUUCCUGGCCGGCCGGUUUGCUGGAGGAUCAUUUGAGGAUGAUGAAUACUGGGGGCUCCAUGUGUGCUUGUGGCCACUGUUUUGAUGAUUACACAGCUGAGGAAAUUUACGAGGAAAUUGGUGAUUGUCCUUGUGGAGACCAUGAACUUGAGGAUCCAACACUGCCAGAUCUACUGGGAGGUAUCGAAGGUGUUAAGGUAACUUCGAUUUGGGGAUGGCGUCCAUCAGAGCCGUAUAGGCUGAGUCAAUUCUAG